UUAUCAAGGAAAAGUAAACCCUAAUUCUCUCCACCUUUCUUCACUCCUUUCUCUGCCGUGUAGCCUUCUCCUCCUUCUCUGUACGACCAAACUCUCCCCCUGCUUCCCUUGUAUUAUUGGCGCUCUCGUUUUUCUGGACUCAACAUGGCGGACGAAAUUCCCUCGUCGUCCGUGACACCCAACAUCUCGCCCUCUACUGAUGAUUUGCUCAGUGCUAUCCAAAACUUGGCUUUGGAAAUUCGCACAACUCGGCAGGAGCAUCUCGCCUUGGCGCAGCGUGUUGAUCACGGCUUUGCAACCAUAUUGGACGCACGACCGCCUACCACUCCCCAUAACCGUGGCAUCUUGGGAAACACGCCGACAGGAGGUCGCCGGCCUCCCCUUAUUCCGCCUGGAUUUCCGGGCCUUGAUGACACCCACGAACCAGGUAUGCCGAAAGUCCGUUUUGAUGCACCCAAAUUUAAUGGCCAGGAUCCCGCAGGUUGGGUUUACAAAGUGCAGUCCUACUUUGAUUACUUUCGGACCCCCAAGGACCUCCGUCUACGGCUGGUUGGCUUGCUAUUCGAGAAUCCAGCGUGUGAUUGGUUUCUUUACCAACAUAAUAAUCACCUUAUUACAUCUUGGAGGGGUUUUCUUGAAGCCGUUAAGCAACGUUUUGAUCCGACGCAUUAUGAAGAUUACAUGGGCCUUUUAUGCAAGUUACAACAACGUACGUCCAUUUUGGAUUAUCAGGCAGAAUUUGAGCGGCUUUUGAACAAGAUUACAGGGGUUCCGGAAGCCACGUUGAUUUCCGUUUUUACUGCCGGGUUGAAGGCUCCCAUUCGCCGCGAGGUUCUUCUCCGCCGACCUUAUACGUUGGGCCAGGCUUUUGCCCUCGCCAGAGAACUUGCAGCAAAUCACUCCGACAUGGUUUCCACCAUAUCCACAUCGGCCCGUCGCCCAUGGCAGUCGACCACAGCGCCUGCCAGUACCAACCCACCUGCCCAAACCCAGGGCUCUUCCACGGUACUUCCUGCCAGUGGGGCUACGACCGCUCGUUCUGCUGGUUCCUCCACGUCCUUGCCUAUCCGGAGAUUCAAUAAUGCUGCGCAGGAUGAACGCACGGCCAAAGGUUUGUGUUGGACUUGUGAUGAAAAAUAUGUUCCGGGCCACAAAUGUCCCAACCGUUUCAUGGCCCUCAUCGGUGAGGAGGAAGCAGAUCCGUCGGCCGCAACCGAGCUUCCAGAGGACGAGGCUCUUCCAUUGAUUACAGGGGAUAUUUCUAGCAUCAAUAGUCUAACCGGGUGCCCCAGUCCGCGUGCCUUGAAACUGCAGGGGAAAAUUCAGGACCAUCCGGUGCAGAUUUUGAUCGACGGCGGGAGUACGCAUAAUUUUAUCCGCCCGGCAAUUGUGGAGAAGUUGCGGUUAUCCAUGCGUUCCACACCGCCGUUUCAAGUGUAUGUGGGCAAUGGCGCCUCCCUUCAUGCACCCACUAUUGUGUGGCCGUUCCGCUGACGUUACAAGACCUCUCCCUUGUUGUUGAUUUAUUUGUGCUUGAUAUUCAUGGCCCCGAUGUCGUGCUUGGCGUACAGUGGCUGCAAAGUUUGGGAAAGAUCUCCCAUGAUUACGCCGCCUUAACUAUGGAAUUUGUUUUGAACGGCCGUUCAGUGACUCUUCAGGGGGAUACCCCCAACAGCAGACAGGUUUCUUAUCAUG